UGAGCGGAGUUGCAACAGCUGUGAGUUACUGUCGUCCAAUGGAGCACUGCCAAGCAGAUGGCCGCUGUUCCCUGAAACCUGUGUGCACUGUGACUGGAUCAACUGUCAUAGGCUUCACUAGCGCCCUUCACUCAGUCCCUGACCGCUGCAGCUACUCACUCCUGAAGUCUUCAUCCCUACCUGGCCUCCAUGUGCUGGGAAUGUUCACAGAAAAACGACGCAAAGAUUUGAGUUUUCUCAACCGUGUCAUUUUGCAGCUAAACAAGAAUGGUGCUGAAAUAUCCCUCGAGCAAGGCAGCAGAGUGAAGGUAAAUGGUGAAUUCCUGACAGUUGGUGCAAAACCGCAGAUGGUCCACAGUGUGGAGCUCUCCAAAGGUGAAAUGGGUGUGACUGCAACGUUCCAAGACUCCAACCACACAGUGUCUGUUGUGUUUGAUGGCAACACUGCAAUAAUUUACCUAUCAGGAUCAAGUGAAGUACCUGUGCAGGGUUUAUGUGGUAAUUCAAGCUCAGAUCUAAGCCAGCAAAAACUGUCUGACUACAGUGAAACUGGCUGUGAGACGCAAUAUGAAGAUGAUGCUGACGGUAGAAUCAGCUGCAACAGCACUGCAAAAUGGUGUAAGCUCCUUGAAGAGGGUCCUUUCACUGCCUGUAACUCAUAUGUCAACCCGGAGCCCUUCAUUCAGGCCUGCACACAAACUUUGUGCAGAUAUCCUGCAGAGGAUGGUCUUCAAUGCCAGUUUCUAAAGGAUUACGCUGAGGUCUGCAAACACCAAAGCAAUGUAACAAUUGAGGAUUGGACGACAUAUACAAGUUGCUCUCUCGCUCCUCAAGCUGACUGUCAGGAUAUGAUCUGCAGCGCUCAUGAGUUCUGUGGUGUGGACAGCUCAAGCAGGCAGCCUCGCUGUCAUUGUAGGGCCCUUUAUGCUUCCAAGUACAAAUCGACAAACUCCUUUGGUGAGCCAAUUGUCUGUGGGGACAAAUCUGCCACAGUAACUCUGGCAAACUGUCUGCUAGAGGAUAAAGGCAUUGACUACUCUGUCUUACAUCUGAAUGACCAGUCCUGUAGAGGUGAAUUGGAUAACCUGACAAAUAUGGUGACAUUCAGAUUCAACAGUGGGAACACCUGCGGUACAGUGGUUCAGGCAAACAACAGCCAAAUUAUCUACAAGAAUUCCAUCAUGACACAGAACAUCUCUAUGUUUGGGAUGAUUAGCCGUCAUGACAUGGUGCAUAUGGACUUCUCCUGUCAUUACAACAACCCAGAUGUUAAGACUCUGGGCAUCAGAUUUAGACACAACUCUGUUAUCCAACAUAUUUCUUCUGGUGAAUGGAAUUAUAAUCUGACCAUGGAGGCCUACACCAGCCGUGACCGCACAAAACCUAGUGAUUAUGACACAACAGUUGACCUGAACCAACGACUCUGGGUAGAACUGAAGACAUUUGGACUUGAUGAGGACAUGAUAGCCAUCGUAACCGACUCCUGCUGGGCAACAGAUCAGCCAUCCCCAACUAGAGGCCUGAGAUACGACCUUAUUAUCAAUGGCUGCCCUAAUCCCAAAGAUCCAACCGUGCAGGUGGAAGGAAAUGGGCUUGGAACAUCCAACUCUUUCUCUUUUAAUAGCUUCCAGUUCACAGGAGGUAAUGGCAAUGUUUACUUGCACUGCCAAGUAGAGCUGUGUGUCAAGCAAGCAGACAGUUGCAUCCAGAGGUGCAAUCAGAUCGUAAGAGGCCGCAGAUCUGCAAGGCCAAAAUAUGAGGAUGAAAACCCAACCUUCAUCUCAGUGGUAUGGACAUAUUAGGAUUCCAUGGAAAUCCACGGCGGUGGCAUUAAUCAGUUGGGAUUCGAUAUGAAGAAGAGUUCUUCUUUCAGUUGUCAAUACUGACUCUAUGCAGGAAUCUGGGACAGACCCUUUAUCCUAUUAACUAAGUAGUAACCUUUGGGGAGUAUCUUAUAUGGUCUGGUGGUGGGAUGGUUUUACAAAAUUAUGGUAAGAAUGCAAAGUACUCAGUGUAGCAAAACAACAAAGGCUGUAAAACAUCAUAAAACUUCUCCUGGCUCAUUUUCCAUGUCUUGGUUUUGCUUUAGAGGUCCAGCAAUACCUGUUCAGCUUAGGCCCACAAUCCUGUCUUUCCAAGUUUAAGCAUGGAGCACCAGAUAAUUUUCAAAAAAUAUAUGUUGAAAGGCUAUUCAUUUAUUAUCUGCAGAAAGAACCAAGUUCUUAAUCCUGAAACAAAAUUGAGAUCUUUCACAGUGUAAAUUGGAUUCUGCCAGGGAUACUUCCUGUUUUAAUUUCUAGUGUUGUUACAGACAGCUGUCAAGACAUGAUUAAAGGAACUUUAUUUUUGAUUUUCAUCUGAUCUAGGAAUAUGCCAUAGCGCAUUUGAGUGGAUAACUCAUUAUCUUGAUUCCUUCCAUAUCUGAACCACAAAGAGCAAAUUAAUCUAAUCUCAGUCUGAGGACAUGGUUCUCGAUUGGGAAUUGUUAAAUUAUACUGUUUGGGGUGAAUCUCUUUGUGAAUAUCACAAAUUUAACAGUCUAACAAGAUAUCAGAAGGAGCUCAGGUCUUUUUUAUUUAUAGAAACUUCAAAUUAUUUUGGUAGACAAUAUUUCACUUCCUCAACAAACGGAAGUUUGGAGACUAGUUUUGUCAUUUAAGACUGUAUUUGACUUUUUCCUUAGCCACUCCUUUGUCUUCUUGUUAGUGUUUUAAGCCACUUCUUGCAAGAAUGUUGUUCCAAAACAAUUUUUCAUGUCCUAGCUCAAUAAGGCUAUUCUGUUUUUUUUUUCUUAUUUUAUGGCUUAUGGUUCAAUUUAUUGCCCAUUUUAGUUGUGAAAUGACCCUCCGCUCUCAGCACAUAAACAGUCCUAAACAAUAGUCUUUCUACAUCAGCACUUCACCAUGCAGACUGCACUCUGUGGGCCAUACCCAGUAUUUUCUUACACAGCGCUGAGAGAGCUUUAUUUUAUUCUCAUCACAAAGCCUUCUUGAAAUUAUUUAGAAAUUUCCUUUAUUCUUGAAUUUUACAAUUUUACAAAGCAAUUGUCCAUCAAUGAUUAAUUGAUGUUUGUACAUGAAAACCAAAUGUUUUAAUUGUAACCCAAUUAAAUAAAAAAUGCUUUGGUUUAAUUUGUUUUAUUCAAUAAAACAAAAUCUAAAAUGU